AUUGCGUUAUUAUAUUAUGGUUUUUAGUCAUGGCAGAACAAAAAAGUGUAAAAAUAAGAAAUGGAUAGCAGUCUACGAGACAGCAUAAAAUAAUUCUAGGUUUAAUUCUAUGGGCGCACUUGUUGCGUGUAGCCAUGUGUGAUAAAGUGAUUAAUCAUGUUACUUGAGCCAUAGAGCUUAGCUUCAUUUUACGAAAUAAAAUUGACAUAGAAUGUUAUCUAAGAUAUUAAAUAUUUGCACUCGCAAGAGCAAUAUUUGAUUUGAAAGUCACAAUUUUUUCUAUUCUAUUCUAAUAAUUAGGAAGAAAUGUGUGUUUAGAAAAAUAAUAAUAAACACUAUGGAUUACUGAAUAUCUAAGCAAAACGCAGCCUACCUCUCGCAAUCCUGCUGUGUAUUUUGGGAACAUGUUGCAACCACAUCAAUUGCGCUAAGGUUUUUUUAUGCAGCGCCUAUUCAAGCGACCUUCCACGGAUUUGCUUAAAACGCACAUUCACGAAGAUAUAUGUGCGACUAAUAAAAUGUUUGAAAGCUAAUUGUAUGCCCGCACUUGCAAACUAAUCGAACAUGACUACAGGAGCGGACGAAGCGUCUACUAAAUAUAAAGAUGUGGUAUACUCGUUUAGCAGCUAUGAAGAGAGUCGUCCAGUUGUCAAUAAACCGGCUGAUCAUGGGUCUUCUAAAUACAUCCAAAAAGCUAGAGUAACGAGAUUUUCCCCUCCAAAACCUGCCUACGAUCCUUUACAAUUUGUGCAAUUGAAACCUUGUAGCUUAGUCAAAUCAGCACAGGAGCAGCUUAAGAAGUCUGAAACAAUAAAAAAAUGUAAAGAAGAUAAAAAAGAAGAGCCAGAAGAGUGGCAAUGUAAUUUAGAUAAUUGGAAGUCAUCAAGAAGGAAGCGCGUUGAACAUAUAAUUGAUCGUGUUGUUGAAGUGAAAAAGUUUGAGUUGGAAGAACACGAUCGUAACAGACGUAAAUCAAAAACUUUUAACGAAAUGUUGGAAGAAAGAGGUUCCAGAAAACUCAAGCCUUUGCCUAUCUACAGUGAUAAUAAUAAUGAUGAUGAUUUAAGCGAAUUUGGCCUUGGUUUUAGUACCUCAGAGUCUUCAGACAAGAUGUCCUCUACCGAAAUUGUUAUUCUAAGUGAAGAACUAUCUACUCCCUGUAAUACUACUCCCAAUACAGACAUAAGUGAAUACACAUACGAAGGAGCUAUUGAAGUAUAUAAAAGCAGAAUUUCACGAGCAAGCCAUUCACAAUCAGAUCAGUUGGUUAACAGUGAACAUUUUCAUACGGCAAGCGUACUUUCAAGUGAAAAUCCUGAUGACAUAUCUUCAAUUGAAGAGAAUCGUAAUGUUAAUAAUGAACACCGAAAAUCCGCAGAUUCGUUACAACGAAAUAUUCCAAAAAUCGAUUUUAUGAAACGUAAACAACUCUUCGAGAAAGAGCCAUCUUCAGUUACCAACUCCGAACACGAAACGCGAUGCUUAUCUGGUGAUACUAUCAAUAGCUUCAUUAGCGUAAAAGAACGAUUGUCAGUAUUACAAAGUCUAGAUCCAAGCGAAUCUGACAUCCUUCAACGCAAACUUCCGGAGGUCUCGUUCACUGAUUUGAAGAAUAGACUAGAAGUUUUUGAAAGAGACGCCAGAAAUACUACUACCGUAAAAAAUAAUUGCUCAACAAGAACGUCGAUAAUCUUACCUAAAUGUUCAACAAUAGUUCAAACAAAUAGUAUCUUGGAAAAUGCUAUGCAUGAUUCGAAUACAACAUCUGAUCAAUUGAGCUCUGUUACAACAUCGUACGCAUCCACUCUAUGUAAUGCUGUUCCAGGCAAGCAGCUAGUAACUGAUAUAGAGUACAAUGAGAAUAUUGAUUCUGAUCAUGAAGAUAGUGGUAUUCAUACAACAGAUGUUUCUUGUUCAGUUUCUCAAGCUGAUGAGCAAAAUGAUGAGCUCGAACUACACGCUAGCGGAACUACUAACAUGAAAGCUGAAAUUAGUGACAGUUAUAUCGACGUAGACCCUACUACGUCGGCAGACAAUGACGAAGUCAAUGAUGCAAAUAUACUUGAUGACGCUCUAGAAAUGGCUUUCCAAGAAAUAGAUAACAUUGAAGGAAUACCCAUGUGUGGCAAUAAACAGGAACCAAUUUAUCAGAACAUUAAAAAUACUGAAAAUCAAUCUCAACCUCCGGAGCUUUCCUACACCGAUGAGCCCUACUACCAGGUGCCAAAGUGCAUAGAGCCAUACUAUGAAGUACCAAAGACGAAACCCAUUCCACUUUAUGAGAAUGUUGACAUAAUACAACCAAUCAAUAUUGUUUCUGAGGAUAGCGAGUUCGUUGGUGAUAACUCAAUUCUAAUAAAAUGUCUCAAUAAACUGCAACCUCCUAAAGAAAAACCGCCACCGCCACCACCAUCUGAAAUCGUUCAAGAUAAUGUAAAACAUGUUGCAGGUUAUAAAAGUGAUAACGAAGAUGACUUCAAGCGGUUAAACUCUAUUAAACGCAUCAAAAAGGAUCUAUGCCAUAAGCGGUCAAGUUUUCUUGGCAUCGAAGGAACUUUAGCAAAUGAUACAAAUGAUAAUGAAGUAGUACCCUAUUCCACGCAUACGCGGCUUAUUUCUAAUAACAAUCUUCAACUGGACGAGAAAUAUUUAGAGAGGCAAACAGUUAUGAAAUCUGGAUUGUUCGAAAAUUCUGAUACAGCGGAAAGUCGAGACUCAGGAGUAUCGGAAAACCAUUCACGCCAAAGUAGUGAUUUAUUCUAUGCUUUGUAUAAUGAUUCGGAGAACUUUAUUAAACCAAAGCUUGACGAGCUGGAAAUUUUGAAGUUUAAUGCUAUUGAAAAUCAUCAAUCUGAGCAUUAUUUACAGGCUGAUACAUAUCAGCAUACGAGAACAGAACAUAUGUAUGAUAACAAGGAGCCUAGAAAUGCCGUUCGUCCAACAGUCCCACCGGUUAAACCGCUUCGUACGCCUCAUCAGCCACAAAGUAUUCAAGACAAAUCCAACAGUGUACAUCAAACAUCUUUGGUUAACGUUCCAAACUCCGACUGUAGUCAAUAUAAAAAUGGUAGUUUUUUCCAGAGUGAAAAUCAAGUCAACUUCCAGCAUGCGUUUAAAAAUAAUAAUUCUUUGAUUGAUUUAUUUCGAUCUGAAAACACUUCGAACGAAUCUCUAAACAAUAUUAUGGAACCUAACAAUGAAACCAAUUAUGUAAGGGCAAUAAACGACCGGAAUUUACAACUAUUUGCUUACGAGUCUAAUGGAAUGGGAUCUGACUACGAUUUACUUCACAAAAAGAUACUAAGGCAGCGAAGUUACACAGAUUGUUCACCUCAGUGUAGCGUUAAACCACCUAAACAUGGACAAGAGCUGAAAAAUAAUUCAUACAAUCAACACUGGUCUAUCCAGGAACCAGAGCAACGUAGAGUCGAUCAACAAGAUAAUAUACCUCACACUUCUCAUGUUGGGCAACAAAUGAAUAUAAAUAGAAAGUCACUACCGGAAUCCGUAAUACAGACGAUAACGCAACGAGUUCAGAAUCUUGGAAUUGGUUCUGACAAACGCUGGCAACCGGAAAUACCAACUUUUCAACGCAGACUCGACAGCGAUGUUGUAAAUAACUACAGUAGUAAUGCACGAAGUACUCAAAGUUACACUGAGAAUGACGAAAAAGUCCUCAGUGUCAGUGGAAAGAAAAAAUGUUCCAACUGCAAUAAUGAAUUAGGACGAGGAGCUGCAAUGGUCAUCGAAAGCCUUGGUUUGUUAUAUCAUAUCGAAUGCUUCAAAUGUUGCGUAUGUCAUAUACGACUUGGCGAUGGAUUCAAGGGUACAGAUGUCCGGGUGCGCAAAUAUAAGCUACACUGCCAAAAUUGUUUUUCAAGUGAAGAUGGUGUCAAGUUUAGUUGCGUGUAGUAAUAUUAUAGAAGUAAAAGAUUAAUUAUUUGUAUAUAUAUAUAGUUGACGUUCACUGUUGUUAUUUCUUUGACGUUUUAUUUAUAACAAUAAAGUGAUUAUAAUCAU